CUGCUUCAUAGCUUAUUUUUAACGCCUAAACUUUUCGAUAACUCUCAGGUGUCCUUUUUUAUCUGUCAUUUCUUUCACCAGUUCGUCAGCCUUCGCUUCUUUUUUAGAGGAGUCAAGAACGGACUUCAAGCACUAAGUAAUUCUAAAUUCACAUCCACUAAUCAUCUCCGGAUACCAAUCUGCGAACGAGAUCUCCACCAACAACUGCCUCAGCAAUAUCAGCUUACAUUCCAGAUGGCUCAUCAGCUGGUCACUAUUACACUAGACCGCCUUCUCAUAGCGCUCGGCCGCCUUUCAGCUCCACAGUUUGUUGAUCAAUCGCCCGAGAUGAGUUUAUGCCUUCUGCGAAGUCGGUCAUUCAUUGAGCAGGUCAGAUCUUUGCUCUCACUGAUCUCCACAAUUUUGGUACUAGCUUAA